AUCAUCCUCCUCAUUUCUGACGUAUCCUCCCACCCACCAUUCUAUUUUAUCUUUCCAGCUCUUCUUCGUCUUCUUCUUCCAGAAAAUUCAACGAUUAAUUCUUCUUCUUCUUUGAUUUCUCUUCUUCAAAAUCCCUAAAAUUUGUUGAAUUUUCGUUCGAUUUUUCUUGUUUUGAAUCUACGAUUUUCCGAUCUAGGGUUUCGGAAAAAGAAAAUAACCCUAAUUUGUUGCGAUUUCGGUUGAAUCGAUGCUGAUACUUUGAUUCGUGAGGGUAUCGUAUCUGUAAGUGAAAUUUAUCCGUUUUUUAACGGAUUUUGAUGUUGUUGUUUAUCUGUUUGUAUUCUUGUGUAUAUCGAAUGUUGUAACGAUUUGGGUUGUGUAGUUUUAUUUUUUUAAUUUAGGUUAUUGUAGUUUAGAUUCUUGAAAUUCGAUUGAAUUUCAUCACUAGGAAGAACAAUGUCGUCGGCUGGGCUUGCUGUGAGUAGAAUUAGGGCUGAGGAGCCUUUAAUUUCGCCGAGAUUUUUCCAUAAUGCUCUUGAUUUGAACUCUGCUGAAUCUAUUAUGGUUUUCUUGAGUGUUUCCGGGAAUGUGAUACCGUUGCGUGUCUGUGAAUCGGAUUCAAUUGAGUGUGUGAAAUUAAAGAUUCAGAGAUUUAAAGGAUAUUAUGUGAAAAGUCAGAAAUUGGUUUGUGGAGGGAGGGAAUUGUCUCGGAGUAAUUCGUUAGUACGCGAUUAUGGAGUUGCUAAUGGCAAUGUUCUUCACCUAGUGCUUAAGCUUUCUGACCUUCAGACGAUUAAGGUUAAGACAACUUGUGGGAAGGAAUUGACUUUCGAUGUUGGGCGAUACCAGGAUGUUAGGUAUAUUAAGAAACAGAUAGCUAAGAGGGCGAAAGUGUUAGUUGAUCAGGAGGAUCAGGAGCUUGUUUAUGAAGGCGAGCUUCUCAAGGAUCAGCAGUUAGUUGAUGACAUCUGCAGCAAGCAAAAUGAUGCUGUGAUUCAUUUGCUUGUAAGGAAGACUGCUAAGUUUAGUUCUAAGCAUGUUGAAAAGAAUUGCGAAGAGUUGUCUGUUGAAGUAUCGGAACUGGAAAAAAUUGAAAAACCGGUGCCGAUAUUAGCUAAGGUUUGUGAUAAAGACUUUGUCUUGGAGCCAGUGGUUGUCAAUCCAAAGGCUGAGAUACCAUCAGCAAUAUUGGAAGUGAUGGAGAUGACUUAUGCGGGAUUAGAGAAUGGGAAUCCUCCUAUUAGGUCGGCAGAUGGUUCAGGAGGGGUGUACCUUAUUCAGGAUUCAGCUGGGUUAGAGUAUGUAUCUGUGUUUAAGCCCAUCGAUGAGGAGCCAAAGGCAAUAAACAACCCCCAUGGGAUACCCUUGACUUCUGAUGGUGAAGGGUUGAAACGGGGUACUAUAGUUGGGCAAGGGGCGUAUAGGGAAGUAGCAGCUUACCUCUUGGAUCACCCGUUGAGUGGGAGACGUGGAAUCACAGGAGAGGAAAUGGGGUUUGCUGGGGUGCCUCCUACGGGUUUGGUGUCGUGCUUGAAUAAGGGAUUUAAUCAUCCCAAUGGCAUAACUCCCAAGAUAGGAUCCUUGCAAAAGUUUGUGAAGAACAAUGGUAGCUGUGAGGAUAUUGGUCCCGGUUCAUUCCCUACGGAAGAGGUGCACAAAAUUUCUGUGCUUGACAUAAGGCUGGCGAAUGCAGACAGACAUGCUGGGAAUAUACUGUUUAGCAAGGACAAAGAAACUGGUCAAACAGUCCUGAUCCCUAUUGAUCAUGGAUACUGCUUGCCUGAAUGUUUCGAAGACUGCACUUUUGAAUGGCUCUACUGGCCACAAGCUCGGCAACCAUACUCUGCUGAAACAGUUGAGUACAUAAGGUCCUUGGAUGCUGAGGAGGACAUUGCUAUCCUGAAGUAUUAUGGAUGGGACCUCCCCAUUGAAAGUGCACGCACUCUUCGCAUUUCUACCAUGCUGUUGAAAAAAGGGGUGGAGCUUGGGUUGACUCCAUACGAAAUUGGAACCAUCAUGUGCCGGGUGAACAUUAACAACGAGUCUAUGAUUGAGGAAAUUGUCCAAGAAGCUCUGGACUCUGUGCUCCCGGCCACAAGUGAAGCAGCUUUUCUAGAAACUGUUUCUGACAUCAUGGAUCGUCGCCUUGACGAGAUAUCGACCAGGCAGUAGUGAAGGCUGGUCAGUAAUGGUACAUAUAUGUGCAUAUGUUCGGUACAUAAAAGUAUGCACAGAUGAAAGGUUAAUAAUAGGGGUUGAUAGAUGUUAGUUUUCUUUUCUAGGUUUCCCUCAGUUGAAGUACAUUCUUUAAUUCUCGUUGAGUCGGUUCUAAAUUUAGCUUAAGUUUGGAAACCUAUCAUGAGGUUCAAGUAAGGUUUUCAAGCUAGGGUAAUCUCAGUCCUGGUCCUGUUAUCCUAUGUUUCUCAUACCAUUUCCCAGAUUGUAUUUCAUCUCACACUUAGUUGUAUUUAGAUGAAUCUAGCAAGAUUUGCACCCUGA